ACAUUUCAGCUCAUUUCUUUUUGCUGCUGCUGCUGCUGCUGCUUUGCGCUGCUCCGUCACGCCUUUAUCUCGUCGCUGCCAAAGGAGCCCCAAGCAGGAUAAAUUCCACGAGAUUCCCCAGCGGUUUCGUUCCUGUCCGAGGUCGCGCAGCGGAUCCACCGACUGGCGCCAAUAUCAAGAGGCAAGGAGGUGCCACCCAGGGCAGCGCUGUAAGAGGAGCGGGAGGAGGAGCGCGGAGACCUGCGUCCCUACCCGCCGUGCGUACUUUCUGGAGGGAAGGGCGGGGGAAUUAGCCCCGGGAGGGGGACGCUUGGUGGCGAGGGGGUUAUUAGCCAAGUUCCGGCUACGGUGGUCCCCCUCGGCUCCCACAAGAGGAAAGUUUUCUCCAGACGUUUCCGGCCGGCUCGCUCCCUCCGGGCCCAGCCUCCCGAGCCUUCGGAGCGGGCGCCGUCCCAGCCCAGCUCCGAGAAGACGCGAGCCGCGAUGCCUGGGGGGUGCUCCCGAGGCCCCGCCGCCGGGGACGGGCGGCUGCGGCUGGCGCGGCUGGCGCUAGUCCUCUUGGGCUGGGUCUCCUCGUCCUCUCCUACGUCCUCCGCGUACUCCUCCACCUCUUCAGUGUCGUUCCUGGGCUCGGCGGUGUCUGCUCAGCCUCCACUGUCGAGCCAAUGCCCACCGAUGUGCGAGUGCUCCGAAGCGGCGCGCACCGUCAAGUGCGUGAACCGCAACCUGACCGAGGUGCCCGCGGACCUGCCACUCUAUGUGCGCAACCUCUUCCUCACCGGUAAUCAUCUGGCCGUGCUCCCCGCCGGCGCCUUUGCCCGCCGCCCGCCGCUGGCCGAGCUGGCUGCGCUCAACCUCAGUGGCAGCCGCUUGGUGGAGGUGCACGCCGACGCCUUCGAUCAUCUGCCCAGCCUGCGCCAGCUCGACCUCAGCCACAACCCACUCGCCCAUAUCAGUCCCUUCGCCUUCUCGGGCAACAACACCAGUGCUUCUGUUCCCAGCCCCCUGGAGGAACUGAUCCUGAACCACAUCGUGCCCCCUGCAGACCAGUUACUGAAGCAGAACCGAAGCUUCGAGGGCAUGGUGGCCGCGGCCCUGCGCACGGGCCACGCACUACGCGAGCUGCGUAGCCUGGACCUGGGCAGCAAUCAGUUCCUUUACCUGCCUCGGGACGUGCUGGCUCAACUGCCCAGCCUCAGGCACCUGGACCUGCGGAACAACUCGCUGGUGAGCCUGACCUACGUGUCCUUCCGCAACCUGACAUACCUAGAAAGCCUCCACCUGGAGGAUAAUGCUCUCAAGGUCCUUCACAAUGGCACCCUGGCGGAGUUGCAAGGCCUGGCCCAUGUCAGGUUAUUCCUGGACAACAAUCCCUGGGUCUGCGACUGCCACAUGGCGGACAUGGUGGACUGGCUCAAGGAGACAGAGAUAGUUCAGGGCAAAGCCAGGCUCACCUGUGCAUUCCCGGAAAAAAUGAGGAAUCGGGUCCUCUUGGAACUCAACAGCUCUGACCUGGACUGUGACCCUAUCCUCCCGCCAUCCCUGCAGACUUCUUAUGUCUUCCUGGGUAUUGUUUUAGCCCUGAUAGGCGCUAUUUUCCUCCUUGUUUUAUAUUUGAACCGGAAGGGGAUAAAAAAGUGGAUGCAUAACAUCAGAGAUGCCUGCAGGGAUCACAUGGAAGGGUAUCAUUACAGAUAUGAAAUCAAUGCGGACCCCAGGUUAACAAACCUCAGUUCUAAUUCGGAUGUCUGAGGAACAGUAGAGGACUGGGGAAAAAGGACAACUCUGCAUGAGGUGUAGACUUAAGCUUUAUCCAGUAUUAGGCUUGCUCUACUUCCACCCUCCACUAUAGACACCACUGACUUUGAAAGCAGUGAAGGGGUUUUGUUUCUUGUUACGUAAAUUUUCUCGGUGUGUUCUAUUAAUGUAAGAAUGUAAGACGAUGAACAACUGUGCAUAGUGUUUUGCCCUCUUUCUUUUCUUGGAACUCCUCAACACAUGUGGAGUGAUUUUUCAAGUUUCAGCAUGGACUCCUUGCUGUUUCUCUUAGUACAGAUCAAGGUGUAGCAAGUGUACCUACACAGAUAGCAUCCAACAGAAACUGCCUCAACUUUUUUUUGAGAAAAAUACUUUAUUCAUAAAUAUCAGUUUUAUCCUCAUGCAUCCCAUGAACUGCCUGCAGACCUUAGCAAGCUCUUAAAAUAACUCUGUAGUGCACAGGAGCACCUGCAUCCAAGAGCAUGCUUACAUUUUACUGUUCUGCAUAUUACAAAAAAUAACUUGCAACUUCAGAUAACUUCUUUCACAAAGUAAAUUACUUUUUUUGAUUGCAGUUUAUAUGAAACUGUACUGAAUUUUUUCUUUUUAUAAACUGCAUCAAGAUUGAACAGACUGAAUUGUUGGAAAAAUUCAAUAAAGAUUCUUAAAA